AUGUCUCAUAGCAUGCAGACAAGAAGCCACAAGGCAGUCGCCGACAUAUGGCCCAUCGCCGACACCCCUGAGGAAUUCAUCGAAACACAGACGGCGUCUACCAUUGCACAACCAUUGACUACUAUGCCUCAACCCCACGCCGAAGAUAUGGAGCAAAUUGCUCCAACCCAUGAUCAGAUUGUCGGCGAUUUGGUAAUGCCUCAGCGAAAACGCAAGGGUAAGAACGCAGACGGGGGUAUGCGAAAGCGACCCCGUUUAGACAAGGAAUCCACUUCACAAAGUCAGUCCAGCCAUCCUAAGGUCGGCGAUGCGACUGGCUCUUUCCCGACUCAAACCAAAUCCUUAGCUACUACGGCGUCUGGGCUGCACGCAGCAAAGCCUAAGCCAGAAGGCCUUCCACCGGCCUGGUCCGAGAAACGUUCUGCUAUCGCAGAAACUCUACCAUACUUCAAAUCCCACCAGAGCGGACUCUACACAGAUAAGUGUCGUAUGUUAGGCAUGUUGAUUGAUGAGGAAGUUAGCGUCCGUGAUUACUUCAGUAGUCAAGUGAUCAUCACAACAACCGGUGGUGGCCGUAUCCGUGAUAAGGAGAGCGGCAAAAUGGUGCGAACCAAAGACCAGAGCGAUGAUACCCGCGGCGGAAAGUUUUUCAAGAUCGCUUUGGAGGAGAAAAUCCCAUUUGUGGUGAUUGCUGGUGAAAGAAAUCCAUUGUUCCCAAUCAACCCCCCUCAUUUUUAUAACGUUUUAGAUUACUUUUAUGUCACCGACAUGUGGCCUGAAAGCAUUCGUUCUGGACAGAGCCAGUUUAUCAAAACCUAUAAAGUCAGACUAGAAAAAGUCGACUUGGUGUCAAGAUCAUGGUGGCGACCAGAGGGGGCAAAUGCUCACGAUGCAGGUGAAUUCGAAGUUGGCAGUUACUCUUGUGAGACUGCUUUUUGUUUGACUUGCAGAGAGCCAAGUGACAUGAUCUUCAAGCAAGGAUGGAUAUGCUUGAACAAAGGUUGCAAGCAAUUCUUCAAAAUCACCGCCAAAGGAAAUUCUACAAAUAUCGAUCCAGACCAACUCGAAUAUCACGAGAAUUUCCUUCGUAAACGAACACGAUUUCCAGGAGUUCAGCCCACGGUACCUCUUGCACCACCAUUACCUCUAAUCGGCGAAGACGCCUUUGGGACCGAGAAGGGUUUCAAAGAAGGCAUUAUAUGCCCUAAGUGCGGCUGCUGUAUUAGACGUAUCAAAUGGGAUGGCUGGUUUUGCGAGAAUCCUGCUUGUGAUUUCAAAUAUCUUCUCCCGUUUCGAAUGGUUCCCGCUGAAAGCAUUGUCAAGGAGAACGAAACCCUGAAGGGAAAGAAUAAGAACAAGUUUGUUCAUGAAAGCAUAUUGAAGUACAAGAUGGUUGCAGGCGAGCAGAAGCUUGCCAUCUAUUUUCUCCCGGAUGAGAAAAACCGAGGUGGAUUCAUCGGUACGGUAAUCCGAAUACGUCCAACAAGAAAAGCAUUCACGAGAGCGGGAGGUCUCGAUGAGCUGUACACCCGGUUACAAGAAUGUGAACUCCCACUAGAAAGACGACCGGUUAGACAUGCAGGGAAACGAGUCGAAAUUCUUACAUCGCAUUUUACUGCAAAUUAUGGUGCUCCAUACAAGUUUGGAGUUGUCGUGAAGACAACAAAUGGCUUUCAGGGUGCUCCUGAUCCCAUCGUAGAGACGAACGUUCGCUUGAGUUGGGGAGGUGAGAUGGCUGUUGCUGCAACAACCCAGCUCGUUAGAAAUCAGAAUUUGGACGUCCGAGAUGGUGUACUACCAAACGAAUUUGAGAAGUUCAACGAACUUCUAGUCUUGGGGUACUUCGAAAAGUCUGUAAUCAGUGCUCACGACGAUGGGGAGAUAGAAUUAGGCCCGACAGUAGCUUCGAUGUCGCUCGGUUCGAAAUCAGUCAUGAAAUUUAUGCCAAAGAUGAAGAAGAACCUUGGUGAUGAUGUCGGCAAAGACCAGAAGGAAAGAUCACCAAUGCUAUCAUUGGUUUUGAAGCACGGCGACAUACUCGUGAUGCAUGGAGCGGAGAUACAGAAACUAUAUCUACAUUCAGUCACCAACUGCGGCAAGCAUCGGUUUGCUAUGACAUGUCGCCACAUUCGACCUGAAACGAUUAUGGAUCAGGAGCAAAGAGAACGAGCCAAAGUUGAUGGCGAGCUCUCAGAGGAUUGGGCGGCUAUUCGUUACGAUGGUAGCAAUGAUACCUUUCUAUCCAACCUCACAGGAGAAGUAGUUACUUGUCCCGAUUCAGCCAAGAAGGGCGGCAAAAGCCAAGGCCGUCAGGAUGGGCCUACGAAUCAUUAUGCAUUAUCUGGUAAUUCUGCAACACAGGAUUCUCCUAGUGCUCAGACGCCUUGGGGACUAUUCAGUACAAGUCCAUGA